AUGGAGACCCAUGGCAAAGCUUCCGCUCAAGAAGACAUAACGAUAAACGAGUCUUUCGUACAAGGCGACUCCGGCGUACAGACUGUUGAUCUCAAUGGUACUUCGGAGCCGCCAGCAAGUACUGAGUCGAACCGAUGGACUGGAAUGAGGGACCAUAACAAAGCGUCUUUCACGCCAUCAGAGACACAAGUAGAUGAGUUGGCAGAUAGUGAAGCUAUCGCCGACUCAUCAGCUUCAGAGGUCGAAGGUAAUCCGUCACAGUCUAGCACUGCUCCAAUACAUACUGGCCCUCCAGCCUCUCCUAGGACGGCGCCAGGAUUUCGGGAUGCCAAAAUCGCCUUCGCCAUUGAUAUUUCUGGGAGUACCUGGGGGCCGGUCCUGGAGGCAGAAAUCAGAGCUGUUCGUGAGAUUUCUUCUCUCCUCCCCGGACCCACCAGACAGGAAGUUACUGUUCUACCAUGGAGUGACUUCGCACAUCUUCCAGCAAGGCUGCUCGAUCUCGACGAGCUGGAUCCCGACGGUGGAACAAGACCAAGCGUUAUCAUCGAUGACCCGGAAUGCCGAUACGCUCUCCAAGAGUCUUCUUUCUGGUUUCUGAUGACGGACGGUGAUAUUCUUCCUCCUGACGUCCGCCAAUUUGCUCGAGGCCUGGUUGAGUAUGGGCUGCAUGCUCUGGCAUCAGUAGUGGCGAUCUUUGGCGAGCGAGAACAGCCUCCUGCUCAAUGCAAUGUUUCGGUCGGUUUGUCAGUGUUUGCGGUAAGCCCGCACUGUGCCUUUCUGUACACGGACACCGCCACCUACCAGACGUAUGUUCUCCAGACCAAAGGCUGUUUCUCAGCCUUACUACCUCGAGGCAAGACGAACCCAAAACUCCAGGAUGAUACUCGCUGGCAAGAUCUCCCCAGGAUCUCCUAUGAAAACCUUGCGCGUAUCAAUGUCCCGCCCCGGCAAACUGUGGGCGCUGACGAAGUCGUACUCAGCGAUAACAGUCGGGUCAAUUUGUCUCGGCUUCUCUCGAACAGUGAGGUCAAUAUGGACGUAGCGCAUCAGAUUCUCGACAAUGAAGAUAAUGUCAAAACUGUCGCGCUAACGGCGAAGCUCAGAGGCCAGGCAGACGAGCUUCGCAAGUGGCUCGACGCCGUGGAGAGAACACACGAAGAAGCCUACCGUUCAGCAAGCAUGGAACAAAAGUCUACUGGACAGGACUCAAACCUCUUCACUAAUGCAAUCUCUCAGUUGAUGGCUGAGGAGACAAGCGACAGUGUCCGGCAUAGUCCCACACAAGUUAGACCCGUGGUCAUCCACAACAUGGCCCCUUUUCCUCCUCCUCCACCAUCACCCUUGGGCUCACCCCAAGCCAGUGACAGCCUUGCUGCCGUUGGCCUGUCAUCUCUCGGUCCCCUGGCACCUCCCAGUGUUGCGCAACAGUCACACCGUCGGACAUCCUCCGGAAUAUCACAUUGUCGCCGGGUCUCUGAAAAUAAUGACUCUAUUUCUGCAUCGAACAACAUAGGCAGCGUCGACUAUGACGUCUAUGCAGAUUACCUGUCACCUUUACCGCCCGAAACGAGCUUGUCUGCGACUCAACAAACGUUUAGGCGAGUAGACAGAUCUAGCUACUCCGAAAAUCUUUCCAUACCUGGAUUCCGAAAGCCUCAGUUCCAGAAAGACUUUUUCAGGGGCCGUUGUCCCCGAUGCGGAAGAGAAGAUCGUGUCCUUGCUCUUCUUUUGGGCCCCUGUGCGGAGGAUGGUCGUACAGAGAACUUUCCUCCUCCCCAGAGCUCAUCAAGGUUGUUCUACCCGCUCACCAUGGGCAACUAUCCGGAGACGGACAUCAUAUCUACGACAAUCCGCUGCGACCACUGCAGCUCUAGACUGUUGAAAAAUUCAUCGCUGCCGGACGAUAGGAAGUUUGAAGCUGCUUUGCCGCUUGUUUCGUUUGCCAAAAAUGAAGCAGCAUGGUUGCAGACCGUUAAUCUAGCUACUCAAAAACGGUUUUGCACCGAUGAUCUUAGCCUGAUCUUUCUGUCGAUUCUAUACACAAAGUUGGAGAGGCUGCUUGAUGAGGAACCGUCUGACGAAGCUUUCACACUUCGCCUUGGGAUUGAGUGGGCAUGUGGAACUCUUUUGAGAGAAGUACGGACAUGCAACCUCCGAGUCCUCAGUCCCGUGCCUAUGCUGGAAGUACUGCAGACCUUGGAAGACGACAUUGUGUCAACCUUCCGCCUCGCUCUUGAGGGACAGUCGGCAACCCCGCUGCUGCGAUAUCCACUUGACGGUUUCAUCAUAACCAAUGUGGCGCUAUCCAACACGAAAAACAAGACGAAAUUUAGCGUGGCAAAGCGCCAGCGACUCGUCUUCUUGCGAUUCCUGUUCUACCUAGCUGAGCGGUACGAAGAGAUCGCGUCCGAGUCUGGCGAAGUCGUGCUGGAAGCUUUGAAGCUGCAUAUCCUGCUCCUCAACGAUCCCAAUACGUCACGGUCGCUACUGAACCUGGAAAGGCUGCGUCAAUUCUCGGUGUACGAUACGAAAAACCUUGUGAAGAAUCUGCCGAAGCGAUGGGGCGGCGGUCGGCGUGAGCGGGCGUCAAGGCACCAGAGGCUGUCCAUCUCGGUGAGAGAUCUGCUUAGUACGCCGUUCUUGGAUGAGCAGACUUUGCGCGUGUUCCAGAGACUUGGAGGUCUCUUCACUUGGGUCGAGAAUCAUACUUCCCAUGCCAUUGCUGUCUUCCUGCACUACCUCUUCUACCUGGACACGCCACUCAUCAGGGCAGCCGACCGCUUCGACGGGAUCAGGGCCGGACCAGAAAUCAGGGAAGUCAUGGAAAAUCCCACCAAGGUGAGCGCAAAUAUCGCCGAGGUUCUGAUAGAGAAGGUACAAACCCAGUUGUUGUUCGCCCCAAAGGGGGACGCUGCUGUGAAACUUGGGGUUUAA